AAAAAAAGACAAAAAAGAUCCCGAAAAGGAAAGUCGACAAAAUUCGAAUAUGGGAGAGGAUCAACGACCAUGGACCAACGUAUGUCCAGAGCUCUUGGAUUCCAUCUACAAGAGACUUCCAUCCCACGUCGAUGGUACACACUUCGGCAACGUUUGUAAGAACUGGCAUCGAGUCCACUCCCGCAUCGCACUUUCUAAUCCACUACCGGUGUUCAUCAAACGUGCGAAAUUGACCAGCUCAGACGUCAUCCAGGUGCAAGAGGGUGGGCGACUUUUGCUCCAACGGCGUCGUGAAUCUCUAAUCCCGCAUUGGCUUUCGGCACUACCCACUGCUCCCGGCUCGAUGAUCCUCCUGGUGUAUGCAGACCUCUAUUUCAGCGUGCUUCGUCGUGGGAAAAAUGGAUUUGAGCAAAAAACAUACGAUUUUUCUUUGCGUGGUAAAAAAGGACAAAUUUGCCUCGGUGUGGGUUAUAAAGAUGGAAGAUUCUUCUGCUUAUUUGAAAUGGGGGAUAUGUUGAUCUUCAGCGCCGACAAGAACGAGAUGAGGAUGUUGUUGGCAGCGAUUAAGCCUCUCCUUCCUGAGAAACUCUCUCGAUGGAAUGAUUUGGGUGUUCUGGCGGUGGUUGAAAAAAAAGUCAUGACUGCAGAUGAUCGAUAUCAUGAGGAACAAGAAAUGCUUGUGUUUAUCACUUAUUGGGAGCGAGAUUAUGAGGCAAGUGAGAAGGAUAACUUCCGGCUGGUGGGAGUGGACGAACAAGUUAUGACGACAAUGCGUGAUCUAUUAUUUGAGAAUGAUUAUGAAAAGGCAUUUCUGGAGGAUUGGAGCAACAAGGGAUUUAUUUUAGUGAAAGAACCGUUGCCAUUGAAGAUGAAUUUGGAAAGAUGUUCCUUGAAUAUGGUACUAUUUAUUGUUUCUGAAGUAGUUCUCAUUUUUGGUUUUAUCUUAAUCCUUGGAUUCAAAAAUUGAUUGUUAAGUUAUUCUCUUAAUUUUAUGGACAUGAUAAGGCAUGUUAAACCUAAC